GUUUUUGUGUUUUACUUUCAAGUUUUGUUUGACGUAAGUUUUGUUGGGCGCUCACUUUUCUUUUGACCUUCACAUGAAACAGUAAUGAAGCAGAAUUGACAGGGUGGAUUAUUUUAUUAAUUCCCGCUGCUUUUAGAGAUCGUAGAGACUAGCUUGUUUUGCUAGCUGACGAACAGGAAUAAUGAAGACUUCCAACGUUAAUGUAAUGGAUCUGUUUGAAAAAGGAAAAGUUCUUCAAAUAUGCGCUCCGAUGGUUCGAUAUUCAAAGCUGGCUUUCAGAUCCUUGGUGAGGAAGUAUAACUGUGACGUUUGCUUCACCCCGAUGAUUGUUGCAGCAGAUUUUCUGCGAUCUGUCAAAGCCAGGGACAGUGAAUUCACUACCAAUGAAUCUGACCGACCUCUGGUAGUGCAGUUUGCUGCACAUGAUGCCCAAACACUGACCGAUGCAGCCCUUGCAGUAGCACCGUUCUCAGAUGGAGUUGAUCUCAACUGUGGCUGCCCCCAGAGGUGGGCUAUGUCAGCUGGAUAUGGUGCAUGCCUUAUCAACAAACCUGAACUGGUAAAAGACAUGGUCAGGCACGUCCAGAACCAGGUGGACAAUCCAAACUUCACAACAUCAAUUAAAAUCAGGAUUCACAAGGAACUGAGGCGCACAGUGGAUCUAUGUCAGAAGGCUGAAUCAGCUGGCGUCUCAUGGAUCACAGUACAUGGUCGCACGGCAGAUGAACGCCACCACCCUGUUCACUACGAUGCCAUAAAGAUCAUCAAAGACAGUGUGUCCGUACCCGUAAUUGCCAAUGGUGACAUAAAGUAUCUUCGUGAUGUAGAGUCCAUCCAGCAGCUCACUGGUGUCGAUGGUGUGUUUGUGGAGAUGACGCUUCAGUGGACUGCAGUGGCAACCUUCCUUUACGCGGAAAUCGGCGUUCUCGUCAUCCUGUGUUUGCCGUUCAUCUCUCCUCGGAGAUGGCAGCGCAUUUUUCACCUGAGGAUCUGGAACAGUGUGGCGAGGUUCUGGAACAGGGUGUUUCUCACCAUGAUCAUAAUCCUCAUCGUCCUCUUCCUUGAUGCGGUGCGAGAGGUGCGGAAAUAUUCCUCUCCGGACAUCAGCAGAGAUGCUAAGCUGCAGCCGAACAUGUACGACCACCUGCACAUGAAGCUGUUCAGAGCGCAGAGGAAUUUGUACAUCUCUGGGUUUGCUGUUUUCCUCUGGCUGGUUAUGAAGCGGGUUAUCACAUUGAUUAAUGAACUGGGAAGUGUGUACGUUACCACCGCCGCCCUGCAGGUGCAGGCUGACACCGCUAACCAGACAGCCGAGAAAUACAGGGAGGACAAUGAACUACUGAAGAAGACGCUGAUGGAUGGCAAAGGUGACAAGGCCACAGCGGAGGGCAUGGAGCUGCUGAGAAAGGAGGUGGAGGAACUGAAAGAAGAACUGAAGACUGCAGGAGAUGCUCUGAAGAACUCUGAGUCAGAGGCAGACAUCAUGAAGAAGCAGAUGGGAGGUCUCGCUCGAGAGUACGACAGACUGCUGAAGGAACAUCAGGCGCUUCAGAAUCUUCACGAUGGUGGACAAAAAAAGGACGACUAGUCGCUGUAAAAUACAAAACAUUGAACUGCUGACACAGAAGUGAGGC